AUGAAGUAGCAACAAUAAUCUUAGUAUUUUAUUUCAUCUGCUUAUUUACCUACCUCUGCAGAUAUUGUUUCAACUGAGGCUACCAAUCAUUAAAAUUAAAAUAGUAAUAAAAGCUUAAAUAAAUUUAGUCAUUUAAAUUCACUGAUUGAAGAAUUUAAUAAGGAAUUUACCUAAAACCAUACUAUCAAAAAUUUAAAUUUAAAUGAUUCAAGCAGGUACUCUUUUAUGGAUACAUUGGGUGGAAAUAACUUACCCACUGAGCCUAAGGAAGCUGAACCUAAAUUUUACAAAACUACUACUCCUACUAACAGCAGCUAACAGCGUAUAAAUAUUAAUAAUACUUAGUGCAAUCAGUAAUAAAUAAAUAGCAGCUCUAAUGAAACAACUCUCGUAAAGCAACUUUAAAAAAAUGAAACACUACUCAAUAAAGCUUAUGAUAUCAUAAAUCACUUUAGAACUGAUUUAUAAAUGGAGUAAUUAACUUAAUAAAUUAAUAAUAAAAUUUAAUUGUUUAAUUCAAAUGCAAUUAAUGGUGUUAUUAAUUCAUCGUCUACUCCUUAAAACUAAUAAAAUUUUUCUUAAUCAUUUAUUAACUUCCCAUAGCAAAACUAAAGUACUAUCCAUUAAUCAAAUUUAUGUAGUAUUGGUCCAUCUAGCAACAAUUUAAUUAAAAAGCGUAAUAAAAGUUUAUGUGCAGACUGCACCAUCAAUACUACUUUACCAACUAGAGAUAUUGCUUAUUAAUCACUAAACAAUACCACUAUAGAUCUCGAUUUGUAAGAUAAACUAUACUAAAGCAAUAAGAAUUUAUAAGAUAACAUAAUUAAAUUGAAUGAAGCAAAUAAAAUCAUAAAAUAAUUAUAAGAUUAGGAUAUAAGAAAUAAAGAAUAAAUUGAAAACUAUUAGAAAUAGCAUGAAAAUAUGAAGCAGAAAUUGAAGAUGUCUUUGAAAAAAUUAAAAGAAUUAAAGGAUAGAGAGACACAGAGAGAAUCAGAGAUAUGCAGCAUUAUGCAUAACUUCGAUAACACUCAACUUAUUGAAGAAAAAAGAGAGUUAGAAAGAAGACUGACAGCAACUAUAAAAUAUAAUGAAGAUCUUUUCUAAAAUUAUUCUAACAUUCUCAAAAUAAAUUCAGAACUGUAAAAUAAGAUAUUAGAAUAUGAAUAAGAAAAUCUUUUAAUUACUGAACAACUUAAGGAGUUUAGAGGCUAAAUGAAUAUUUUGAAAUAAACAGAAUACAAAGUUGAACAUUUAGAGCAUAAUAUCAGUAGAAUAGAAGAAACAAGUACUAUGACAGUCCCUGAAUUACAAAAAAAAGUUAAGCAAGUUUAGGAUGAGAGCAAUUAAAAAAUAGAAAUUGUUGGGUAUUGUAUAGAAUUCAUCGAAGCCUAGCUUAAUAGAGCAGUUGGAGGACUUUAAAGAAUACUGUAAGAUUCUAGCAUUCCAUUAUUAGGAAUGAAAAAUUACUUGAUUUUUAAUGAAUUAAGUGAAACUGCUAACUUAACAAAAGGUUAAGAUAUGAAAAAAAUAAUUUCAAAGCUAGAUAUAAGCUAAUAGUUACAAUAAAUAAUCCAAUAUAUAUGCACAAUUUCUUAUGCUGUAGUUUAAGAAUAAAUAAGCAACGCAAUAAAUCCUCUUGUUUAAUCGAUAGAUAGAAAAAUUCUCUUAGUUGAGACUGUUUUACCAAAGCUUAAAAAUAUAAUAUUGAAAUAAAAAGCUGAAAUUAAGGCUUUAAAAUAAAAUGCUUCUAUGUAAGAAAAUGAUGAUCUUUCUAGUUUAUUUUACAAAAACAAAAAUCAAAAAAAUUAAUAGAACUAAAAAAAUGAGUUUAGUAAGUUACAGGCUAAUAGUCGUUAAUCUUUAAGCUUUAAGAAAGAAUAGUUUGAUGAAUUUAACUAUUUAAAUUAAGAAAAUAUGGGAGAUUUUGCUAACAUCAACAAAUACCAAAAAGAUUAGUAUUAGUUAGAUCUUAUUAAUAAUAGCAUGAGCAGCAAUCACUUAUUUAAAAUUCAUGAUUCUCCUGACAAAAAGUGCCAUGAUGAAGAUUUAAAUUUAAAAUUAUUAUAAAUAAUUAACAAUGGAAUAAAGAAAUAUGAAGAUCUCUCAAACUAAAUGAAUCAACUUCAUCAAAAACUAGAAAUUACUUAUAAAAAUUUAUUGCAAAGUAAUAUUUCAGAAUAUCAUAUAAAAGGAGAGUUGUAAAAGCUUACAGAUACAAGCAUUAAUUUAUCUAAAAAUAUAGAGCUAUCAGAAUUAUAUAUUAAAAAAGAACUUGGGAUUAUAAAAGCAGAAAUAGAUUAUAAUCUAAAGCUACAGAGAUAAAUGGAAUUGCCAAAAAUGAUGUGA